AUGUAUUGCCUUGUCAAACAUGAACACAACCAACAAGCUAGAGAUAACAAAAUCAAAGAGAGUAAAAUAUUUGCUACACUAUUAAAAGGCAUGAAUGGAGCUUCUUGUGGGCUUGAUUCACUCGCUCGGGUUAGGGAUCUCCGCACUGGUAGGAGUAUUCUUGUCUUCCAAGGACACAUCAGACCUGUUCUCUCAGUGAAUUUCUCUCCUAAUGGCUAUCACUUGGCAUCUGGUGGUGAGGAUAAUCAAUGCCGUAUUUGGGAUCUAAGAAUGAGGAAGUCAUUGUACAGCAUCCCAGCUCAUGCUAACCUCGUGUCUCAAGUGAAAUAUGAACCACAAGAAGGCUACUUCCUGGCCGAUAUCGCUGCAGAUAGCUCAUGUAUUGCAACUGUAUCACAUGACCGCACCAUCAAGCUUUGGACAAGCAGUGAAAAUGGUGAAGAUGAAGACGAAGGGAAAGAAACAAGGGAAAGAAACAAUGGACGUAGAUCUUUAGUUUCGCUUUUCAUAUUUGUGCCGGGACAAAACAAAUUGUACUCCAGGUUCAGCGAUUAGCCUUUUAGAGAG